CUCUUCUUCAACCGCUUAUAAUUAUCUCGGAAAUGCUUGCCCCACGUACAACCCGUAUUCACCGCACUUAUAUACACCCUACAACUUCCAAGGGGAACGUUAACAAAGAAAAUGCCCAUGCUCUUCCUUCCAAAACGCCCUCUCGGAUAGGUGGGAAACAACUCAUUGGCCCUGCAACGGGUAUGAGAAUGGCUCUGGGCGCGAAGACUGAGGGAAGGGACAGAAAUGUGUUGCGGCAGCAGGGUGAAGGUAAAGGAAAAGGCCGAGAAGUAGAUGAUAUUGAGCCUAAACGGCUAUUUGUUAACUCCUCUAAAGAUUCCAUCCCGCCUUCCAAAUCCCUCUCAUCUAUGCCUCCCAUCCCUUCCUUACCCACACGCACGCCCGCUCCGCGACGUAUCGCCCCUUCGCAAUCUCAAACUCUCCGCACACCCGCACCGACCUUCAAAUUCGUCGAACCUCAACCUACACCACUCCCUUCUGCUACUCGAACUGGCCGACGAUCGCGUCAGUCACUUUCAAGUACACCUGGAAAGGGUGAUCUGGGCUUAGACAAGCAGAAAGGACAACAAUUUGUCACACCCGCGCCAGUUAGGUGGGAAGAGGAUUUGUCGCUCGGUAGUGUGGAAGUUGAACACUUGGAAGGUCUGGAGGAGCUUGAGGAAGAAGAGGAUGGGGAGCCGGAAUACAUGCCUCCUCCUGUCCAAGAACUACCAUACGAUCCCGGAUGGGAUGUUCCCGACCUUAAAGAGAUCUUUGGCAAAAUCGCAACUAUGCCACUACUAUUCGGUAUUGGUAACGAGAUGCCGGAACCUCCGGAGCUGAUCUUUGAGGAGGAAGAGGUUGGUCCUCUUCGGCUUUGUAAGGACGACGAUCUAGAAGAAGACUGGUUGAAGCCAAAUAUAGCAGACCAUUAAGAUCAUCAAUAACUGCCAGAAUCCCUGCCUUUAUGAUGUAGACGGGAACGAAGAGCCUUAGCAUGUGAAGUAGCUUUAACAGAACCGCCAUAACGAUGGGAUGGAUGUAGGUCGGCCUGCGCUUGGAGAGUAAUAACCCCGUAUAUGAACUGUGACUUGUUUGACGAAGGGGAAGUGAUCAAGUAAUCAUACAGUGUUUUGUAUAAUCGUGGAGAAUAUGUUGUUUGAUACCGCCCAUUUGAUUUAAUGAUAUUACCACGAACGAUUCUGGAUACCUAUGCGAUGUUUAUGACAUGCUUUACAGUUGACAGUUA